AUGUGCUGGGCAUUUGCUUUACAAACGGUAAGUAAACUUCUACACCUGGAGAUUAUCUUCUUUAUGUUGUGGAUUGACACUACACACUUAGCAGCCAGGUUACAGGCACAAUACUCUGAGCUACUUAGAGGACAAUAGCAACAGAGAGGGCCGGGCUUAGUGACAGUUAAGACAAGCAAAUAUUCACCCUUAGUUACCUUUCUGUGAUGUUGCAAUUUGCAGCAAAAAAUGCAUUGAGAGAAAGGGCAGAAAAAGCUGUGCCUGUGAUCCUGUGAUGAUCAUCUGUACUUUUACCUGGGAGGGAAACCAAAGCUUUUCUCUUCUUCCUUCAUUUGCUCACAAUCUGAUUUUGUUUCUUUUUUUUUUCUAAUGGAAUUAUUCUGUGAAGAUCAUGGAGGGGAAGAAAUGAGGAUUGAAAACCUCUCUGCCUUUGCUUAGCUUUUUAACCUGUUCUUGCCUGCCUGCUCUUCCAGGAGACUACUGCAAUGGCAGAUCCUUCAGUGGUGGACCACUUGACACGACUGAGACUCAAACUCCUAGAAAAGAGACUAGAAAAUGAACAGGAGAACCUAGAGAAGAUGGAGUCGCCUCUUCCAGCUGCAAGGAACAGAUGUGAGGAUAUGCUACAAAGUGCCUUAAGGCGAAGGAAAGAUCUCUUGCAGGAGCUAAGGGAGCAACGCUUUCUGGAAGAGCUUUCGCAGCCCCCUGCACCAGCUGGAGGACACUGUCACAACCACAGAGCUGCUGCCCCACACAUCUACCAGAUACCUUUUCCAGCUCCAGAGGAGCCACCAAGGAUUAUCCAGCAGAUGAUGCCACCUCAGCCUGCCACCAUCAUCCAGCAGCUACCUCAGCAGCAGUCUCCUCUGAUCACACAGAUUCCCCCUGCCCAACCUUUUGCAGCCCCCCGCUCUGGAAGCAUUAAAGAAGAUAUGGUAGAGAUGAUGCUCAUGCAGAAUGCUCAGAUGCACCAGAUCAUCAUGCAGAACAUGAUGCUGAAGGCUCUGCCGCCAAUGCCAUUCACACAGCCUGCUGGAGCCAGCCCUCCCCUGCUUCAUUGUGCACAGCAGGACCUGCAGGUUCCUGCUCCCCUGGCUGUGAAAGCAGACAGGCCCAGGCCAUCCGUGGUGCACCACCACCACUAUCCUGCUGCAGGGAUUCUCCCAGUGCCCCAUGAGCAAUUCCCAUCCACAUCCACGGCACAUCACUGGACCAGCAGCACGAUCCCUGCCCUGCCCACGUGGCCCACAUACUGACAGAACAUGUUCCUCUCAACUGGACCAUAGCAUUGCUGAAGUCAACCUGUAUUUGAACAGUUCUCUCUGAUUGACAGCCUAGUGUCAGUAAGACUGCGCAUUGUUGGUAUAGGAAGUAGCAGAACUCUGCCCUACCUGUGUGAACUGGCUUCACACGCUGCUUGGAUAAAUAAUUCUCAGUGAUGAAGAGCAGAAGGAAAUCUGCUCCUGCAGAGUUUGAACACUGAGGUGCAAUAAGUGCGGUCCAUGUUUUGAGCCCCAGGAGGGCUCUGAUUCCCCAUCUUUCCCAAAUCUCAUAGUUACAAAGCUGGCCAAGGCUUUCUUCCCAAAGAGCAAUUGGAAGCUAACUUAAGCAGCUUAGAAUUGCAUAUAUUUGUUUCAUUAUUUCUCAAUCUUUCCCUCAUAUAAUCAGGGUAUAGACUUGAUUUAAGCACACAAAAUAAAAUCUUG